GAGAUUACUGGGCCCAAGAGGAGUUCCGUCUCUCUAUUGACAAGAAUAAAAAUGACCAUGUGUGUGAAAUAUGUGGAAAAGUCUAUCUCCAGCGCCGAUCAUUAUGGCGCCAUAGGUCUUACGAGUGUGGAAAUAAGAGACUUUUUACUUGUGUGUAUUGUGAUUGCAAAUUUUCUCAAAAAAUUCACAUGGAGGGCCAUAUGCGUCGAAAACAUUCUGAAAUGUUUCCUACUUCUUGAUGUCUUAAAUGAGUUGUUGUUACUGAUGGCCAAUGUGAUACUUUUUUAUGUAUCUUUUGUCAGAUCUAACUUGAAUUGCCUACUAAUAAACUGAAAUUGACCUAAGUUUUUAUUUGUUUCGAUUGAGAUAUCUUUAGACAGGUCAACUUGUAAAAUCAGAGCUGAGUCUGUCUCAAUGGCCAUCACCUCCGUUUGCACAACCAGUUAUUCCAAGGCACAGUGUGACUUCCACUGCGCCCGUAGAUGGAAAUUUUGCCCUAUUUACUUGUCAGCGAUGUGGAAAAGUAUACCAACAGCUCCGUUCUUUGCAUCGGCAUCAGAAAUAUGAGUGUCAUCAGAAGCCAAAAUUUUCCUGUAACUUUUGCUCACUUCAAACAAAGCACAGAAGUAGCCUUGUGAUACACAUGAAGCGAAAGCAUAAUAUGGGGCUGUCAAAUUUCUUGUCAAAUUAACUUUUCUGAAAAUAAAUCAAUUUCCAAGUUCCAUGGUCUUUAUUCUAUGCCUUCUGUAUUGAUCACAGAUUCUGAUCUUAAUCGGCUAUCAAUUAGUUAUGAUGAAGAACAACUUAAGGAAAUUUCUGCAGGUAUUAAAUUGGCCAUGGGCAAAGAAAUGGGAGUAGGCUGUCCAGAGUCUUGUAGAAAUAGAUGCCGAGAUAAGUUUCACAACAUUGAAAGAUUGAGGGCUUUCACCUCAUUCUGGACUUUGGGUAGUAAAAAACAUCAGCAGGAAUUUUUGGAACAGCAUGUGUACUCACUCCCAGUUCAUGGCCGAACUGUUUCUGGCGAUUCACCCCGAACAAGAACUCUUAAUUAUACAUUCAAUGUAGAAGGAAGCAGACUAAAAGUUUGUAAGACUAUGUUUCUUCAAACUUUGGCUGUAUCUGAAAAAACAGUGAGGAAUGUUAUGAGAAUCAAUUAGUAGGCAAUGAUCUGGUGUUGUUUUUGUUUUUGUUGAUUUUAAAUUUUUAGUUCAUUUUAACAGUUACCUUUUGUAUUUUGUAAAAGUCGUGUCAUAUGUUGAAUUAGAAUGUCAAUGUCUAUUUCGGUUUGUUCUUAGUUUCUGUCAAUUCCUUUAAAACAAUAAAUAUGUUAAAUAUUGUA